AUGAUGCCGCUCGCAGACAUGCCUCCACCAAGACGGCAAUCGGUCGUUGCUAAUCUUUUUGCACGAAGGCAAACCGUUGCUAAUGUACAAGGCAUUCCGACGUUUCCGAGAUCAAGAGCGAUGAGUACGGCUGCUGCGCUUUCCACGGUUCCUGCCGUAUUUAGUGUCGAGGCUGACUUCCAAAAGAGUAAAUCAGUGGAUGCUCAAAUUGAAGAAGAAAAAUCACAAAAUCCAGUGCUCCGAAAGCUUCGCCGAUUCAGUUUCUUGCCAACUCGUGAACCGGCCAGCGACAUGACUAGGCGGAGUAGCGUAUCACCGCAACAAUUUGCGGCUGGUAGUGUGCACAUUAAUCGCUUAUUCAUAUUCUCUUCACUUACUGCCUUUCGCUUUUGA